AUGCAAUUAUCAAUCAUACCCUUCCUCACAAUCCUAUCGACACUACUUCCAACUUCCCUCGCCCAGCUAGAUACCGAUAUAAUAUGUCCCGAUGGAUCUCUAACCGAAUACCUAACAUCGAUGAUGGAUGUCCUCUUCGUUAAUGGACUAACGACAUUCGAACAAUUGAUCGUACAUUGGUCAGAAACAGAUAUGGGAUAUGAAUUCUUACUUGAUUUGUAUAAUUCGGGCCAGAAGUUGACGGUGUUGGUUCCGACCAAUGACGCUUUUCAGGAGAGUGGGAUCGUAAGUCCGUUUGAAGGGUUGACGGAAGAUUGGGGGACGGAAUUGGGUGAAUUACACCUACUUCAAGGUGAAUGGACGUACGAUCAGAUACCACAAUCUGGACACGCAGUAGCUGCCACUUCCCUCUUACUCGCCAACGAGCUCAACUCUACUGAUGUACAAUCCAAUGCGUACCAGGCGAUGGUACUUGAACGAGGGAAUGAUAAUUCGGUGAUAGUAAAUGGAUGGUGGGGAAACGCUACUUCUACGUCGGGACCUUUAGAUCUGAGUGGUGCAGGUGGAUUAUUGGAUAAUUUGAUUAUAUUACCUAUUGAUCAGGUCCUAUCAUUCCCUCCAUCCUUGUCUACCGCUCUUCAAGCACCAGGUCUUACCAAUAUGUCUUCAGCUCUACAAGUGAUCGGUAAAUCGUCAGACGUCGAGCAGUUGACAGAAGGUGGGUUUACCAUAUUCGUACCGCUCGAUUCGGUUUGGGACGACGAGGUGAAGGAUAUAAUGGUAGAUGGAAGUAAAGCACCGGAGAUGGUCGGUAAUCAUUUCACGACGUCCUAUUCGCUCUUCUCACCUAUGUGGAUUCAACCUUCCACUUUCGAGUUACCCGUCGAAUCAAGAGAGAAGUUGACUAUACAGUAUAAUCAAGAUGGAUCUAGUCCAGUGAUAUAUGGAGAAGUAGAAGCUAAGAUAGUAAGAAGUGAUAUAACGUUGAACAAUGGAGUGAUGCAUAUCAUCGAUCAAAUCCUUUAUCCCACUUCUUCUUCCUCAUCCAACAGUACCAAAUCAAGUAAACCCACUACAACUUCAUCGAUACCUUCCACAGCAGAUUCCACAUCAGCCUCGAUCCCUGAUGGUUCUGACAGCGAUGGUCAAGAAGGAGGAAAAGCAGUUAUCCCUGAUGCUCCUCAAAACAGUUCUAGUUCCUCGACUUUCACUCUUUCGGUCACGCUCUUGGGAUGUAUAGCUGUAGGUUGGUUGGUAAUCUAUUCACAGUAG